AUGAAGAUGACACAGGAGUUUAUGGCUUUUCUGUGUGUGCUGUUUCUGCAACUGUCAAAGUUUGACGUGUCCAGCGGAAAAGUCCUAGAGGAGACGUAUCGGAAGUGGCUGCAGUACAAAGAUGACUGUAUUAAAAUGAUUGAGAGUGAAGUGGCUCCCCAAGGUGGCUUGUUCUGUAACAGGACAUUUGAUCACUAUGCCUGCUGGCCAGACACUCCCGCUGGUAGUAUGGUCAAUAUAACCUGUCCAUUCUAUCUGCCCUGGUUUGACAAAGUGGCUCAGGGUGUCGUGCGUAGACGCUGUGGCCCUAAUGGCAUCUGGGAGGAAAAUGAAAUUGGACAGGUGUGGAGGGAUAAGAGCCAGUGUGAGGAAGAAAUAGAGGUUGCUGCUCAAGAGUUAUGGUUAAAAGAACUCUUAGUGAGCUUUCGGAUGCUGUACACAAUUGGAUAUUCAUUAUCACUUUUCACGCUGACUAUGGCACUUAUUAUCCUUCUAAGCUUUAGAAAACUACAUUGCACGAGGAACUACAUCCAUGCCAACCUCUUCUUGUCCUUCAUCUUGAGAGCAGUGUCUGUCAUAGUCAAAGACACAAUGUUGGAGAGGCACUGGGGACGAGAAAUCAUGAAGCACUCAGACGUUAGUGACAUGUUAAGUCAUCAGGCCGCUAUUGGCUGCAGGAUUGCCCAGGUCAUGAUGCAGUACUGCGUGUUAGCCAAUCAUUAUUGGUUCUUUGGAGAAGCACUUUAUUUAUACGCUGUGCUCAUCGCAUCAGUAUUUACUGAGAACAAUAAAUAUUUACCUUACAUGUGUGUUGGAUGGGGAACACCAGUGCUCUUUGUGAUUCCCUGGGUUGUGAUGAAGAUAUUAAAAGAAAACAAUGAAUGUUGGGCAUUUAAUGAAAAUAUGAACUACUGGUGGAUAAUUCGAUUUCCUAUUCUUUUUGCCUCACUGGUUAACUUUAUGAUUUUUCUGAAAGUCAUCAAGAUGAUUUUUUUGAAGCUCAGAGCCAGCAAUCAAAGAGGUUAUCCUGAUUAUAAACUGAGGCUAGCCAAGGCUACCCUUACCCUUAUCCCGCUGUUUGGUAUCCAUGAGCUUGUAUUCAUCUUUGCCACAGAUGAACAGACAACAGGCUUGCUGCGUUACAUCAAAGUCUUCUUCACUCUUUUUCUCAGUUCAUUUCAGGGAUUCAUCGUGGCUGUGCUUUAUUGUUAUGCCAAUAAAGAGGUUAGAAUGGAGUUAAAGAGAAAAUUACACAGUUGGAGGACAGAGGCUGCAAUGAUGUGCUGUGGGCAGUGA